CAUUUACCAAAAGAACUGACAUUUUCUUAAAAGGUACCUUAAAAUGAAGACCUUUCUGAAGGCAAGUGUGCUGAUGAUUUAUAUGCUGCACAUGUGCUCAGGAACUGACAGUCAGCAUGGAGUCAGUUCAAGAAAAUUGGAACGUAUUAAAGAAGAAGUGGCUGGCUAUAAAGAUGCGGCCAAAUCUAUCAUCGAUCUGGCAGUUUACGGCAGUGCACAGAACAGGUCCUAUGAAAGACUAGCACUGUUUGUUGAUACUAUAGGUAAUAGGGUUAGUGGUUCAGACAAUCUGAAGAAGGCCAUUAAGUACAUGUAUAGUGCACUGCAGGACGACAAGCUGCAGAAUGUGUCCUUGGAGUCUGUGAAGGUGCCUCACUGGGAGCGAGGAAAAGAGUCAGCCAUGAUGUUACAGCCAAGACAGAAGAAUCUUGCCAUACUUGGACUUGGCGGCAGUGUCGGAACUCCUCCUGAAGGAAUAUCAGCAGAAGUGAUUGUAGUGUCGUCUUUUGCUGAACUGCAGAGCAGAGAACAAGAAGCCAAAGGGAAGAUAGUUGUUUACAACCAGCCAUACGUCAGCUACGGAGAAACAGUACAAUAUAGAUCAAGGGGAGCAUCGGAAGCUGCUAAAGUCGGUGCUGUAGCUUCUCUGAUUAGAUCUGUAGCAUCACUUUCUAUUAACAGCCCACACACAGGAUGGCAGGAUUACCAGAACGGUGUUCCCAAGAUCCCUACCGCAUGCAUCACAGUAGAAGAUGCAGAACUGAUGGCUCGAUUGUCAUCACGUGGUGUCAAAAUAGUGGUGCAGCUGAACAUGGGAGCUGUCCAGCAUCCUGAUGCUGAUUCCUUUAAUACGGUGGCAGAGAUUGUUGGAAGUAAAUACCCUGAACAGGUCGUGAUUGUCAGUGGCCAUCUGGACAGCUGGGAUGUUGGGCAAGGAGCCAUGGAUGAUGGUGGUGGAGCUUUUAUCUCAUGGGAAGCCCUGUCUCUUAUUAGAGACCUUGGUCUGCGUCCUAAAAGGACCAUCCGCUUGGUGCUGUGGACUGGAGAAGAAGAAGGAGGUGUUGGUUCCAGUCAGUAUUAUGAGAGACAUAAAAAAGACAUUAGAAACAUGGACCUGGUCAUGGAGUCUGAUAUAGGAACAUUUAUGCCUGUUGGUAUGCAGUUUUCUGGAAAGCCAGAAGCCCGGGUCAUCAUGUCAGAAGUCAUGAAGCUGCUGGCACCUAUCAAUAUAACCAAACUGUACGACAAUGCGGAAGGAACAGACAUUAGUUUCUGGAUGCAGGCUGGUGUCCCAGGUGCAAGCCUUCUAGAUGAUGCAAGCCGGUACUUCUGGUUCCAUCACUCAGAAGGGGACACCAUGACAGUCCAGAACCCAAUCUGGAUGAACCACUGUGCUGCUGUGUGGACUGUAGUUGCCUACGUGGUGGCUGACUUGGAAGAGAUGUUGCCAAGGUAAUGAGAAGACGAGGGGUAACCACACACUGCACAAUGUGAAGGCGCUCAUUUGUCUGGCGCCUCAUCUGCAUUCUGUGCACA